CAUAUUUCUUAUAUUAUAGCUAUCGUAUAAAAGUACAUACUAAAUACACUUUUAUUAUUGUGAUAAUGUGAGACUAUUACAGUCAAUUUGCAAACAAUGGAGCAAACAUAACAGUAUAAUUAAUAGUGAAGCCAGCACAUUCGAUCAACGGUCAUCUGGUGAACACCUGACAGAGAUCGUUACAUAACUAAUAAUAACAAUCGUACCAUAGAAAAUGUAUCGCUUGAUGUACACUUGACACUGAAUGCUCAUGUAAAACUGUUAGAAAUGUUAGAAACAUCUGAAACAUUGUAGGAGCUUCACUAAAAACAAUAAAAAAAAAUGUCGCGCAUCAGACCAUCAGGUCAGUCACCCAAAGUCUGGCAAUUAAUCGAACGAGUGGAUGAAAGUGGGAAACUGACAAAGUUUACGAUUCAAGAGAUUCCUGAGGAUCGAUAUGAGGACGCGAUUCAACAUAUGUGCACAUAUUUUUUAGUUGAUGAACCAAUUUGUCACUAUUUAAAAGCAAAAGAUGAUCCUCUUUUUGUACAAGAUAUAAGCACAAUGUGGCGUUCAUCACUCGCACAAGGCAUAUCCAUAGCGGCAUUUCUCGACAAUCCCAAUAAUGGAAAAAUCGUCGCCGUAAAUAUUCUAAGUGUUAACAAUAACAAUCGGAAUAAAAAUCUUUCCGAUUACAAGUUUAAAUCAGAUAAAUGCAAAAAGACAUUAGAAAUUAUAUCUAACGCAAAAAAGAAGGUGAUGCACGAACAUUACGGAGUUGACCAGUAUUUGUAUACUAGUGGACUCAGCGUAGAUCCCGAUUAUCGAGGAUACAAAUUAGGCAGGAGUAUGAUAAAACUCAGAGAUCUUAUCGGAUCUACGUACAGAAUUCCGGCGACAAUUUCGGUAUGCACAUCGAUUAUCUCGCAGAAAAUAACAGCAGAUUUGGGAUUCGAAGAGUGUUUGACAAAAAACUUCUCUGAUUUGAUGGACGAAGACGAAAAGCAAUAUUUUCUCGGUAUUAAUUGCGUAAUUAAAAUCAUGGGUAAACGAUUUUAAUAUGGACGGAGCCAAUAUAAAAAUUACACAGUAUACAACAAUGAUAUAUUACAUAAUUACAUAUUACACUUAAUUUUGUAUCAUGCAGUAAGUCUUACAAUUUCUCUCUCUACCGCGAUCUGUUUAAUAUUCCUUAUACGUCAUCGCGACGCAUUGGAAUGAAUGACAAUAAAGGGCGCUUUUUUUGGCGUAUCGAACGUGCAAACAUAUUAUUAUCGGCUUCUUGUCGAAACGCGGACAGAUGUAACUUCCGUUCCGAUAAACGUGCAUUCAUGACAUUCGGAUGCACUUGGAAUAUAUAGAUGUUACAAAAUUUUAAUGACAUACCUUCCGUGCAUACGGGGCGAAAUGCGGGUUGCACAUUACAUGUCAGAACAUGUACCGUAAUUUGUAACAAUAUCAUGUCGAUUGCGUGGCCAGAAUUUAAGACAGCGGAUUUCAUGCAACAUACUAAAGCGAAAUCUAAAUUAAAAACCCUUUAUAAAUGAUCAUUCUCUACGAGAUAAUGAAUAUUUAAUUAUUUAUUUUUCUAAAUUUUAGUGAAGAUUAUAAUUUUUUAUCUGUAAAUAUAAUUUUACUUUCUGAAAUUUACAUUAAGUAUCCAUUACAUUGCUGUCCAUUUUUUAAAUUUAAGAACUAUAUAUGUAUUUAUGUCCCGUAUAAAUUGUCAGACAAAAUAAAAUAUAUACUUGCAAAGAUUUUUUCUGGCUCAAGUAUUAUUGUAAUGGUACAAUAAAAAAUUUAGGGAACAUUAACAAAUACGCAUAUAAUUGUAUUGGCAUAUUUGUUGUUUCUGAAUAAAUAUACUUGUUGCGUCAACAAGUGGUCGGAUUUUAUUGAGCUUAUCGUUAUCUCCCUCGAUACCGAUUGAUUUGUUUUAAUUUCAGUCAAUUUCGAUCAGUCGCAAUCAAUUUCAAUGGUUUUAAUUCAACCCAAUAUUCGAAAUCUCGUUCAAAGUUAAUUAACUCUGCAGAUUAUCGAGGAUUAUUCUUGUAACCUAUUCAAGCUCAAUAUCCUGGUAACAAGUAACUGUUCAGAUGUGCAUAAAAUGUUGUUAUUGCAAUUGAGCAAAUAUAAUGAGAAUCUAAUAGAGAUUUCUUAUCGUUUCGAUUAUUGUUCAAAAUAAAGAAUGAUAUUAAAUAU